AUGGCAUCGGAAUACGACAUUCGACUUCCGCCGGCAGUUCUCAAUAAAUUAGAAGGCCGUGCCAAAGAUGCGAUAUGCAUGGCCUGCGACAUCGGUAGCUUCGCUGAGGCGAAGGAAAUUUUGAUUAACACACUGGGAGACAAAUUCGAAUUAUCAACGUACAAAGCCCAACUAUGGAAAAAUAGACAAGGAGCAGAAAUGACCGUACACAAGUACUAUCAAAUUACAAAACUGAUAGUGCAGAAUAUUAAAACGCUUGCAAAGCAAGAUAAAACAUAUGCCGCUAGUUGGGGGGCGAUCUCGAAAUUUAUCGACGAGGACGCCUUAGCAGCAUUUAUUUCAGGUUUAAAUGAAAACUAUUUCGGCUUCGCCCAAGCUGCAAAACCAGAAUCUUUGGAGGAUGCUUAUGCGUUCCUCUCUAAAGGCCCUGUAUUAUUGAUCCUAGACGGACACACUAGUCAUACUAAAAACAUAAGUUUCCUUGUACGAGCAACUACAACCAUUAGAUGUAGCUGUGAUGGGUCCCUUGAAGAAAUAUUAUUCUCGAGCAAUAGACAACUUCAUGAGACAAAAAGUAGUAGAAAAGUAGUGAGCGUACAGAAUGUGUCAGGUUUGGUGAAUGAAGCUUUUGUUGGAGCCGCUACAAUUAAAAAUGCUGUAAGUGGAUUUCGUGCUACCGGCAUUUGUCCAUAUGAUGAUAAAAAAUUCUCAGAAGAUGAUUUUGUCGCUGCUAAUGGUGUGCAAGAUGGAAUUAGAUCACAGGACGAGACUGAUUCGACCAAUUUGAUAUCAUAUGAAUGUACUGAUACUGAACAGCUCUCAGCUGAAAUAUCCUGCGAAGGCGAUCAAACGAGAACGGAACCAAGUGGAGUUGCUAGGUCAGCCUACGAGUCACUGCAAGCUGAAACAGUCACUACCACCUACGAUGAGCCACUGCAGGUCACAGUGGUUAUCGUAAACUAUGAUCAACCACUUCAGGUUAAUGCAGCUACUGUUAAUUACAGUGAACCUCUGCAGUCUGAAUUAGCCAACAUCGACUGCUCUCUUAUCCAGUCAAUGAAUCCCGCGGAAGGAGAAAUAUCCAUUAUCCCAGAGGUUGUUGGAUGCGAUACAACAUGUCAUUUAUCUCUCGAAGAAGUGUUUGAACUGGACCCCAAUCUUUAUUUUCAAGUUGGUGAAAAUGGAGAAGUCAUUGAGAUGAUCGUAGGUGAUCAACCAACGCUGCCAACCAAACCAGAAACGACCAACAAUUCCCAGUCAAACGAAGUAGUUAGCAUUGCCAAAGAUCCAGCUUCAGCAGUACCGAAGGUCAGAUUGAACAAAUCAAAGAAUUCUGGUAAACGAGCUCCAAAACGGAAGGUCUGUGCAGAAGAACUAACGUCGAUUAAAUAUCGGAAGCAGUUGAAAACAGCAAGCGCUACACAGACCAUCAAGAACAUUAAAAAGAGAAGUCGUAAGAAACCAACAGCUGAUGUUGUGAGUGAUAUUUUGUGCUUCUCUUGUGGAGAUUUUUUCAGCUCAACCGGAAAUGGAAAUGGAUGGGAGAAGUGUCUUUGUUGUGAUAUUUGGUUCCAUGAGACUUGCACUGGAUCAAACAUCGUAACUUGCAGCACCUGUGUUUAAUUUUACCCUGAAAUACAUGCAUACAUGAAUUAGAAAGAAGAAUUUGAA